AUGGAAGUUACAACAACAUUAUCAAAAACAUUUAAACGAUUUGCAAUACCUCGUAGUACAUCAUCUAUGGGUGCAUUUACAACGACAAAUGGUACUGCGACUAAUGUUGAACAAAAACUUGAAGAAUUAACAUCAUCACAAACAACACGAGAUUCAUCAAUUAAUGGUAAUUCAUCGUCAAAUCAUAAACAUCCACCAUUAUCCUAUGUUCAACAUAUACGACCAGUUCAACAUCAUUCACAACAAAAUUUAUCUCUAUCGUCACAAGAACAACAACAAAAAUAUCAUCUACCUACUCGACCAUUAAGUGGAGAUAUUUCAUCACUUAUGACACGUUCAUUAUCAACUGAUUUUCAAACACCGAAUGACUAUACACCAAAAGAAAAUAAAAUGAACUCGUCAACGAAAAAAUCUUUAUAUAAAUCAUCAAUACAACGUGACAUAAGUUACGAUAAUAUAAAAAGUUUAACAAUAAUUGAUGAAACAAUAAAAUCACAAUCUGAGCAAAAUUCUUCUCAUUACUCAUCAAUAAAAAAUUUAUUCAUAAAAAAAUUUCAUCCAUUAACAACAACAACAACAACAGCAACAACUUCAAAUAAUGAAACAACAACUACUCAACCAGCAAAAUUAAAUGUUAAACAAAAAAAACGUCGUACAUCUUUUCGACAUUUUUCACAAUUUCUCAAACGUAGUCAUAGUACAAAUACGGAUUUAUCAACUUUAGCAGCCAAUAAUACAUCUAAUAGUAAUGAUCAACAAAAUAAGUUAACUGCUGAUAUUAUAUAUCAACGUUUACAUACAAAAAAAAUUGAUGAAAAUGAGUCAUCAUUUAUAACACGUUCAAAUACAAGUAUUAUGUGUAAUGGUAGUGGUACAGCAUUAGUACCAAUAUCUGAAGAAGAAAAUCCUUUACCAACAAAACAACAAAAUAGACUAAAAGCAACAAAUAUUGAUGAUGAAGAUUAUUAUUAUGAUAAUACAACUCGAUCCGAUAGUGCAGCAUUAACACAUCAACAAACACAAAGAAUUGCACCUAGUCUAAGUUUAUCAUCAUCAUCGUCAUUUAUAUCUGCUCAUACAUCAUCUCCAUCAGGUAUUUCAUCAACAUCAAAUAAAAAUCGAAAUAAUAUAUCAAAUGGUAAUCAGUAUCAACAACGAGAUGAUCCAAUAAAACCGUCCAAUUCUUCAUCAUCAGUUACAUCUAAUAUUGGCACAGCAUUAUCUGUUCUUGCUAAUAACAAUAAUAAUAAUAAACAUUAUUUAACAAAUUCAAUUAGUUUACAUGGUGAUGUUAAUACAUUGGUAAAUGCUCAAAUGAAUGAUCAUCAUUUAUCAACAUCAGCUAUUAAUGAUGUUACUUUAUCUUCUUCAGCUAAUACUACAGGACGAACUGCUAUUCAGUCAAUAACACCUGAUAAUCUAACAAAACAAUAUUCAACAACCGAUACUGAAAAUUCUAAUCAAGAAAUACCUAAAGUUAAAAUGCGUGAACAUAGCGCAAAAAAGAAAAAAGGUUUACGUGACCUUAAAUCACGUAUAUCGUUACCACCGGAAUUAAAAAAUAGUUUUUCAUUUACGAAACAAAAUUUAACUACUACAAAUAAUAAUAAUAAUAAUAACAAUAAUGCUCAAUCAUCAGCAAUUAAUUUAACAAAUAAAUUUAAAUUAAAUCAACAACAAAUACAACAACGUUCAUCUUAUUAUCAAACAAAUUCUUUAUCAACACAAACAUUAAAUAAUGUUUUAAAUCAAUCAAACUCAUCAUUAGUACAUCGAUCACCAUCACAGUUAAAUACAAGUAUGAGUGGACAAUUAAGUCGAAAUGAACAACGUCUUUCAAUGCUUGAUCUUGGUUUUGGAAAAAUUGAAUCUUAUGUUAAAUUAGAAAAAUUAGGAGAAGGUACAUAUGCAACUGUUUACAAAGGAAAAUCUCAUUUAUUAAAUGGUUAUAUUGCAUUAAAAGAAAUUCGACUGGAACAAGAAGAAGGUGCUCCAUGUACAGCAUUACGAGAAGUAAGCCUUUUAAAAGGUCUUAAACAUAAUAAUAUUGUUAGUUUACAUGAUAUUAUAUUUAAUCAAACAACAUUAACACUUGUAUUUGAAUAUGUUGAAAAAGAUUUAAAACAAUAUAUGGAUGAUUGUGGAAAUAUACUUAAUAUAAAAAAUGUUCGUCUUUUUUUAUUUCAACUUUUACGUGGCUUAGAUUAUUGUCAUUCAAAAAAAAUUCUUCAUCGAGAUCUUAAACCACAAAAUUUAUUAAUUAAUGAACGUGGUGAAUUAAAAUUAGCUGAUUUUGGUUUAGCACGUAUUAAAUCAUUUCCAACAAAAACAUAUUCACAUGAAGUUGUUACAUUAUGGUAUCGACCACCAGAUGUUUUACUUGGUAGUACAGAAUAUUCGACACCAAUUGAUAUAUGGGCUGUUGGUUGUAUUUUCUAUGAAAUGGCAUGUGGUCGACCAUUAUUUGCUGGUACAAAAGUUGAUGAAGAAUUAUAUUUAAUAUUUAAAUGUCUUGGUACACCAAAUGAGAAAACUCUACCCGGUGUAACAACAAAUCCUGAUUUUCAAGCAUUAAGAUUUCCUUAUUAUCAUGGUGAAUCAUUAAAUCAUUUAGCACCACGUCUUGAUCAAAAUGGAAUUGAUUUAUUAGAAAAAUUUUUACGUUAUAAUCCACAUUCUCGAAUAUCGGCACAUGAUGCAAUGAUGCAUAAAUUUUUUUCUUGUUACCCAUCAAUAAUACAUACAUUAGGACCAUUACAAUCAAUAUUAGAUUUAAAUGAAAUAUAUUUAACAAAAGAUCAUGGUUCAAAGCUCAUUACAGCAUCGCUCAUGAAAACGGCUAUUUCGAAACGAUCGAGUGUUCAUCUGUGA